CGUUAAAUAUCUCUUUAUCACCACCAUACGUAUAUUCCUCCAUAAAUUCAACAGAGGCCACGAAGAACGUGAAAAUCCGCCAUGGUGUGUGUGUGUGAGAGGGGGAGGGAGUGAGGACGGCGUACGUGAGACUGCAGGCUCACCACGCACGGCCGGGUGAUAACUGCUGUAGUCUGUCCUUAGCUACAGUUACAGGCUGUAUCUAGGUUAAGAGAGACAGUAACCUACCACACCAUGACCACACUACCUGGUGGGGUAUACGACAGGUAUGGGACUGUCAGCCCCUUGUCAGCACAUCCCACGGGCCUGAAGACAGUAGAGAGCGGUCUAUCCCUCAAUGGACGCCCUAUCCGUCUCCUAUCCGGCGCUAUCCACUAUUUCCGAGUCCAUCCUGCCUACUGGAGCGAUCGUCUGCUGAAGCUUAGAGCACUUGGCUGUAACUGUGUUGAGACGUAUGUCCCGUGGAACCUUCAUGAGCCCCGGCGUGGACAGUGGGACUUCGGGGAGGGCGUGGAGGACCUCUCGCCCUUCCUCAACCUGGUGGGGUUCCUGCAGGAGGCCAAGAGACAGGACCUACUAGUGAUCCUCCGACCUGGUCCUUAUAUCUGCUCUGAGUGGGACUUUGGUGGUCUCCCUAGCUGGUUACUUCAGGAUCCACACCAGAGAGUCCGCACCUCCUACCCCGGCUACCUGCAGGCGGCCACUACCUAUCUGAAGAAGGUCAUGACCCUAGUGACCCCCUUAACCUUUCCUGAGGGCGGCCCUGUAGUGGCUAUACAGGUUGAGAACGAGUAUGGCGCCUUUGGGUACUCUGACCUCCCGAGGGACACCCAGCACCUGGUCACCAUGUAUGAGUUGAUGAAGUCCCUUGUGCCUACUGACCAGGUCUUGUACUUCACCUCUGACUCGGCCUUGUACUAUGGUGACCUUGGUUCUAUCCCUGAAGUACUUCAGACAGUCAACACACAGCUUGAGGCGGUGAAGGGGCUGAAAGAAAUAAGACUACUGCAGCCACAUGGUCCCUUGGUCGUUAUGGAGUUCUGGACGGGUUGGUUCGACCACUGGCUUGAGCCCUACAGGAAUCGAUGGCCACUACCAGAAUUCGUGAGCUCCUAUAAGGAUCAGCUGAAGGCCGAAGCGUCAGUGAACUUUUACAUGUUCCACGGUGGCACUAACUUCGGCUUCAUGGCGGGAGCGAGUGUGCAAGACAAGUGGCCUUACUACGCCCCUGAUGUGACCAGUUAUGAUUAUGAUUGCCUCCUGAGUGAAAACGGUGAUUAUACCAAGAAGUACUAUGCUGCUAAAGAGUUGAUUCAUCAGAUUUGUACUGAUAUGGACCUCACCUGUCCUGUACCCCCACAACAAACACCCUCUGCCUUGUAUCCAGACUUACAGUUGACGAGAAAAAUGACGCUGGAUUGCAUUCUUCAGCAAGUGGCAGCGAUUCAAAGCGAAAACGUGCUGGCGAUGGAAGACUUACCAUAUAACGAAGGCAACGGGCAAAGUUUUGGCUAUAUUGUCUACCGCACCACCGUCAUCGUGCCUGAAGGAGGGGCCACACUUACACUGAAGGGUCACGUGAGGGACCUGGGUCUCCUACUACUCGAUGGUCAUCUGAUCUCCCGCUGCCCCAGGACGCCAGCAGACCUUAACGGCUUCGGUGUCUGGGUGAAUAAAAACACCACUCUUGACAUCCCUGCCCUGUACUCCGGUCAGCGACACCUCGACCUACUGGUGGAGAACCUCGGGAGGGUCAACUACGGUAAGCCACAUCACUUCACUGUUAAGAAGGGGCUGAGUGAGGGACCUGUUCUUUUCGAUGGUCAAAUUCUCAAGGAUUGGACCAUCUUCCCCCUGGAGUUUAAAUCCGACUGGGUCAAAGGACUGACAGGAUGGCAGCAAUACUUUGAGCAGGACACUCAAGAGGACGGUCCUAUACUGCUGGAGGGUGACCUAGAACUCGUAAGUCAACCUCAGGACACCUUCGUAGACGCCACCAACUGGGGGAAGGGCAUCGUCCUCGUGAAUGGAUUCAACUUGGGCAGGUUUUGGUGUGUUGGACCUCAAAGGACUCUGUACCUGCCUGGCCCACUGCUGAAGAAGGGUAUGAACAAGAUCACCGUUUGGUCACAAUACGGGGGUCGAGGCACUCUCAAGUUCGAACAGCUACCUGACCUUGGCGCCGACAAUCCCUCAGGCUUGACCCCAGGCGGCGGAGGUGACCUUAUCAACAUCGAGAUUCCUGAGUGAGAAAGAAAAGUCCAAAAGUAAAGUUAUUGUAAGUCCGAAGUGUAAAGUAUUGUAAGUUUAUAGUAUAUUCAAAGUGUGUCCGAGGUGUCGUAAGUUCAAUCUAUACCUGAUUCCGGUUUAAGUCCACUGAUUCCGGUUUAAGUCCAAAGUGUUGAAAGACUAAACUAAGUCCUAAGUCCUUGUAAGGCCGAAUUUUUACGUCAUAAGAUAAAGGUUAAAUUUUUUUACAGGUAAGAUUAAAAAGUCCAGAUGUGGUCAACAAGAAAAAAGUCCGAAUUUUAUGAAUGAUGAAAAUUUAAGUCCAAUUUUUAUUUAAAGGGGAAAUUAUUCAACACAGAAAUAGACUUGAGUAAUAGAAUAAAGUCCGGGAACAAGGAAAGUCCCAAAACAAGUUCAUUUAAUAUAAGGUUCUGAGCCAAAAGUCCGGAAGUUAAAGGCCAAAUAAUAAUUAAAACCAGAAAAACAAAAUUAAAAGUGAGCAUUUUUUUCGAAAGUCAAUUUAUUUUUGUUAUUAUACUUUAGGGAAAAAAUAUAUGGUUCAAAAUAUU